AUGGCUACUUGGUUCCUAUUUCCAGUCAGUGCAAAUUUCAUUUUGAAAUUCAAUCAAACACAGGAUCCAGCAGAGGAGAACAAAUUGUUGGAACAUGCUAGAAAAAACAUUCUCAGAUGUAAGAGAAAAUUGGGUCUCAAAACCUUGGGUUCUGGGAAGCAUGUUCAUCUUCCUGCUGCAUGGGUUGAAGUAAUGUAUCUGUCUCAGUGCAAAGGAGAAAUCCAAGAAGAAGCUUUAAAUAUGCUUCAUGCUUCCCUGGACCAUGCUUCCUUUGAUUGUGAUCAUCUGCCUGCCUUGUUCUUUCUUGCGGAAUCAGUUUUACACAGAUUUUGUUGUGAUGCAUUUGUGAAGGUAUUUUUAUAUUCAGUUGAAAUAAAACUGGCAAAGAUUGGCUAUUUGAUCUUCUUACGACUUUUUAUAUUUUUCCUGCAUGGUCACCUAGAAAGUUUUAAACAACAUUUACUUAGGCUUCAACCAUAUUUAUACGCACUUUCUUUCUCUGAAAAACCAUAUCACAAGUAUCCAAGCAUCUAUUCAAAUGUGCAAUUCAUCCUGAAAACAUCAGAAAUUAUAUGUAAAAGAGAACUUUCUGAAUCAAUCUUUAUCCAUGAGGAAAAUGAGGAAGAAUACAAGAACAUAGAUUCAGAUGUGGAACAUUUGCCAUUUAAUCCAGGAGGAUAUGAAGUUAGCCACCUGCUCUGGCAUUGUGUGGCUGUUUGGUCUUGUGUUCAGAAUAAUAGUCCUCAGCUGAAUAAUGUGCUUGAGCAUCUCAUCUUCCAUAAAAAGCAGCUUCAAAAGAAAUGCUGGUUGGACUCAGCACUGGCUUUGUUUGUCCUUGGGGAGGCUGCCAAAUUAAACAUGGCCUGCUUGAGAGCUUUAAUGGAAAUAGUGAAAGAUUUUCUUUCAAGCAUUAUGUCUCUUCAUAGUCAGAAAGAAAACUGCAAGGUUGAUGACCUUUCGUGGACCUGGAUUAUCAUCUAUACAUAUACAACAAUUGUUGCAGAAAUCUGCUUGUAUGCAGCAACUUCUGAUUUGCGAAAAACUGCUCUUGUUGGUUUCUGUGACUGUAAUAGUUCACGAAAGAAUAUUGUAUUCAUGGAAAAAUCAGAAAAAGAGCCAGAAUUACAGGAAACAAAUAUUUUAAGUCUUUUUGAAUACUUUUCUUCAAAAAUAUCAGAUGAUUGUCACCAAGUGGUCUUUGUUGGAUACUAUGGCUUAGUAUAUAACAUGGUAAAAAUGCUGUGGGAACUCCGGGAUGAUGAGGAACAAGAUGGAUUUAGAAACAUGAUAUGGAAAACAUUACAAAUAACAAAGGAAUAUGAGAAAGAUGAACGAAUCCAAAAUGCAAUCAACAUAGCCCAGGCUGAAUUAAAUAAUCCAAUCAAUCCCUUCACUAGAUAUAGUACAAAAGUUUCGUUGAAUGUAGAGGAAGAAGUUUUCUCCAAAUAUAUUGGAUGGAGAAUUGCCAACACACUUUCCAAACUGUUAUUUCCCUCUCUUGAUGCCCAUGUUCUCCCUUCAGAGAAACGAGUGGUCAAACAGGAUAAAAAGAAAUACUUUUGUAAAAAACAGGAGUCCAUGAAGAAAAGAUUCCUACGUUUUACUGUAAGGGAACGUCCUUCAGAACUUCCCAUGUUUCCAUAUCCAGAUUUCUUCACCAAGGCGGAUAAGAACUUGACAAAAAUCGUUGACUAUCACUGGCAGAUAGAAAUGAAUUUGCGAAGGAAAGAAGAGGCGAUGAAUGAGGCCAAAAAACGGAAAGAUAAAGACUUAGAAGAGAAAAAGCACUUUGAAGAAAUUAUGAAGAGAAGAGAAGAGAAACUGCAUAAGCAAACCAAACCUUAUGAGCUUCCUCAGAUGACUGAAGCAAUUUCUUUAGAAAAGAAAAUGUCUCACAAAAAAAUGGAGAUCACAUUGCCAGAAAUUAAUAACAGACCAAGAGAGCUUCAUAUUAGGAAUAUUUGUUGUAAUUAA